UGAAUGAAAGAUGGCGUUGUGUGUAAAUGUGGAUGGGGGGGAGCUUGUAUUUUCUAGUAAUUAUCACUAGCUGUAGGACUUGUAAAAUCCGCAGGGUACUAAGCAUUGCUGGCUAGCUAAGCAGUCGUUAAGUGGCUAUAGUUAUAGCACAGUAUCUACGGAAAGCACGGGAGAACAUGACGAGCAUAGCCAGCUAAUAUUAGCCAGCUACUUCCUAUUUAUUUCAAUACACUUGCGGAACAGCUAGCUAGCAAGACUGUUCUCUACAACCAUAUCAGAAUUAGCCAAUGCUAGUUAACUGUGGUCACAGUCAGCCACCCACUCUGUUAAACUAGCUGUGUUGACAUGUAGGAAGUGAAAGUGAAAAAACAUUCUACUUUCUUUUUCCAGCCAAGCCUUUGGUUUUUUUCUUAUUCGCGCUUUAUUGUACACUUUGCUAACUAGCUAGCUAGCCACUUAAGGUCAACCGCAGCUUUGAUUCUGUUUAAGGGACAAAAAGAUAGACUAGCGAACUUCGCCACACUCCUUUGCACUUGUUGGAUUAAUUUUAUUUGUUGCUAACUAGCUACUUAAAUUAGAUAAAUUUGUGAACUUAACAGUUAUUCAUAUGGGACCUGUCGUUAAGUAGCUUGCAAUAGUUUUAAACGCGACUCUAUUGGGACAGCUAGCUAUUUGGACGAAUUUGGUGGAACUGUCUGGGGUAGCUCGCUAGCCGUCUACCGGACUGCAAACAGGUUAGCUAGGCAGCCAGCUAGGGGCACUGUAAGAGCUGAAUAUUACGUGUUAUGUUAACAUUUUCAGUGGUGAGGAUGACCUGCCGUACGGUACAGCAUUGCCUGUGUUCUGGCCGUAAAGCUGUCAGGUUUCUCAAGGGAGGUCCCGCUAGGCGCCCGCUUUUCCUUCAGACGGGAACCCGCAGCAUCACAUCACGCACCGAAGCUCCUUUUAAACCCGCAAGAGUCGCAGUUGUGACCAAAACUACAAGAUAUGAGUUUGAACAGCAGCGAUAUCGCUGUGCAGAGCUGUCCGAAGAGGAUCUCAAACAGCUGCUCGCGAUGAAGGGUUCCAGUUACAGUGGGCUGUUAGAGCGGCACAACAUCCACACGCGCAAUGUGGAGCACAUUGUGGACUGCCUGCAGAGAGAAGGGGUGGAGGUACGUGUACUUCGGAGAGGCGAGUACAAUGAGGAAACUGUCCAGUGGGCAGAUGCUAUAAUUUCUGCAGGAGGUGACGGUACCAUGCUUCUUGUGGCAAGUAAAGUAUUUGAUAAAGACAAACCUGUUGUGGGAGUAAAUACAGAUCCUGAGAGGUCAGAAGGACACCUAUGCUUGCCUGUCCGCUAUACACAGUCCUUCUCUGAAGCACUGCGGAAGUUCAGGAGGGGGGAGUUCAGGUGGCAGUGGCGGCAGCGUAUCCGUCUGCACCUGGAGGGCACAGGGAUCAACCCCACGCCGGUGGACCUGCACGAGCAGCAGCUGAGUCUGCAGCAGCACAACCAGGCGCACCGCAUCAUCACUGAGGCUCAGCACAGCACAGAGAACUACAGAGUCUCCAGCCCCUACCUGCUCCCUGUUCGAGGGCUGAAUGAAGUCUUCAUUGGGGAGUCUCUCUCUUCGAGGAUAAGGGAUAAAGCCUUCAAACUCCAUCUUGCCCUCUCGCUCCAUAGGGCCUCUUAUUAUGAAAUCUCCAUUGAUGAUGGACCCUGGGAAAAACAGAAGAGUUCUGGUCUCAGCAUCUGCACUGGAACUGGAUCAAAAGCAUGGUCUUACAACAUUAACAAGCUGGCUGAGCAAGCUGUGGAGGACAUCUUGAAGAUAGGUAAAGCACAAACUGGCUUGGAUAUUCCGCUGAAGAAGGAACUCAUUGAAAAGAUAACUGAGGAGUACAACAAGUCUCUGAUCUUUGACCCAGAGGAGCACAGAAUGUUCUUCAGCAUCAGAGAGCCUAUCGUCAACAGAGUCUUCUCAAGCAGCCGCCAGCGAGGCUUCGCCAACAAAGUGUCUGUACGCUCACGGUGCUGGGACGCAUGUAUGGUGGUUGAUGGAGGGACAUCUUUUGAAUUCAAUGACGGUGCCGUUGCUACCAUCAAUAUGAGUGAGGAGGACCAACUGCGUACUGUUGUCCUCAGAGACUGACCACAGUACUGAAAUGAUUGGAGCUGAUCCUGCCCCAGGAACCAUGGUCAGCGACCAAUACGUGACACAGAGAAGGGGAGCUUGUGCAGCCAGUUUGUCACAAACUUUAACGACACAAGUAUAGGGUUAUAAACACCGGGACCUGGAUGUGGAUUUGCAGUGACAGAAGGUGGGGCCGCUGCCUCUGUGCCCAGAGUGAAAAUUAUUUCCUUGUAGUUCUGUGCUGUGAUUUUUUUUUUUUUUUUAUUAGGUGGCUGAUGUGUGGGAGUUGCUUUUAAUCUUUGUUUUCAACAGGCUCAAU